AUGUCGACUCCAGGGAAGGGGGAGUCCUCUUCAAGGCCUCUGCCAGUGCCAAUGUCUUCCUCACCCGGAUCGUUUCGCGGGCGCACAGCUGGCAGUCCUGUACCCAGAGCAGCUUCAAUUGCCCGAUUAGCUUCUCCAGUCCCCUCGCACAACACAGUUGGCACGCCCCCAGUACGCCAAAUACCGACUCCGAAUCAAGUGGGAAUGAGUGCACAUCCAACAGGAAGUCUGACUCCUCUUGCUGGUCCCCCACCCCACUCUUCGAUACCCGGGCCAGGAGUCUCUGCACUCGCCGCCGCGUUGUCAAAUUCUUUCGGACAACCACCCCCAGCAUUUGGCACCCCUCCUCUUCGCCCAUUGUCUCCGAGCACCGCAGGUCACCAUAUACAAACUUCGGGCCCUCAGAGCAACUAUGGCUCGUUUGAUGCGAGAUCUCGGUCAGUUCAAGGUGCUCCGGGUUGGGCGGGUCCAAGUACAUUUGAAGACCCAGAGAUUGUGAAGCGACAUCUGGUGCAACCUUCCGAGACUUCGCAGGUAACUGAUGGGGCACUCGAUGGUGGUAUUUUUGGGCAAUCUAUGUCAUUCCGAGCAGGAUCUCUUGUAGGCAAGGCAAAGCAAGCUAUCGAGGAUGUCGCUCCGGGGCUAGAUGAUGACGAAUUUUCGAGCUUACGACUGCAGGGAGGAGACAUAACGAGGCCUAUAUAUAGGUGGACGGAGGAAGCACAACGCUCUCAGGGCCGGGGUCGAGGAAGGAGCCAGAGUUUUCAUAUUUCUCGACCGCAGCCGGAGAAUGAAGUCCUCGAUAUUGGGUCGAUAAAGGUGCCUGGUGGAUUCCGACGAAACUUCCUUCGACGGGCUGCAGCGAGUCCGUCUCCAGGAGCUAGAGAUACGGAGUUUGGUGCGGAAUACAGACAGCCGAAGAUGCUUACAAACAACUUUAUCGAAUUCUUAACGAUCUAUGGACAUUUUGCUGGUGAAGAGCUAGAAGAAGAUGACGAGGUGCUGGAGCCUGACGAGUACUUUUCUGAAUUUGCAGCUGAGGAUGAGGGAAGUGAAGGCGAGAGAGAACCCAUGGAGGACAGCGCGUUGCUCACACCUGGCCGGCGGAAACGAAAGCGCAAGGAUCGCCAUGUUAAGGGCAACAAUGGCUCUAUAGGAGCUGCCCUUUUGCUGUUGAAGUCUUUUGUCGGUACCGGAGUUUUAUUUUUGCCCAAGGCGUACCUCAAUGGAGGUAUGAUGUUCAGCAAUCUCGUCUUGCUGUUCGUUGCGGCCUUGAGUUAUUAUUGUUUCGUAUUGCUUGUCAAUACCAGACUAAGGGUCGAUGGGUCCUUCGGUGAUAUUGGUGGGAUUUUGUACGGGAACUGGAUGAGGACAACUAUUUUGUUCUCGAUCGUCAUCAGUCAGAUUGGUUUUGUGGCGGCCUACAUCGUCUUUACAUCCGAGAACUUGCAAGCUUUCAUCCUAGCCGUGUCUCACUGCAGCACUAAGAUCGAAGUCCCGUAUUUGAUUUUGAUGCAGAUGGUAAUAUUCUUACCGUUCUCGUUGAUGCGAGAUAUCAGCAAACUCGGGUUUACAGCUCUUAUUGCUGACGCUUUUAUCCUUAUCGGAUUGGCCUACCUUUACUACUACGACAUUCUCACGCUUGUACGGCAGCAUGGGGUCGCAGACAUCAUCAAUUUUAAUCAGAAAGAUUGGACGCUGUUUAUUGGGACAGCCAUUUUUACAUUCGAAGGCAUCGGCUUGAUUAUCCCCAUCCAAGAAUCUAUGAAGAACCCAAAGAAGUUCCCUCGAGUCAUGGGCGGAGUUAUGAUUAUCAUCACCGUUGUGUUCAUCUCCAUGGGAGCGUUGUCAUAUGCAGCUUACGGUUCCAAGACCGAGACAGUUGUCAUUCUCAACCUCCCCCAAGACGACAAGCUUGUCAACGGCGUACAAUUCCUUUACUCGCUUGCCAUCCUCCUCUCAACACCGCUGCAGAUCUUCCCAGCGAUCAGAAUCACGGAGAACGAGCUUUUCACUCGAAGCGGGAAAUACAACCCCUAUAUCAAGUGGCAAAAGAACGUCUUCCGCUUUUUCGUCGUCAUGCUUUGCGCUUCGAUCGCCUGGUUUGGAGCAAAUGAUCUAGACAAGUUCGUUGCAUUGGUAGGCAGUUUUGCCUGCGUGCCCCUUGUGUAUAUCUAUCCUCCGAUGCUCCAUUUCAAAGGUGUUGCAAAGACGCGAGUCCGUAAAACCGCUGAUGUUCUCCUCUGUAUCUUUGGCCUGACAGUCAUGGUUUACACCACAGCCCUGACCGUUAUGAGCUGGGCGAAGGGUGGGGGAGAACCGGGGUUGCCGAGUUAUUGUGAUAAGAAGAAACUGGGGCUUAUCCCUUAG